CGUGGUUCUUACUUUUAUGUACACGUAAGCGUCAAAUUGACGUAGAUUUGUUUUCAGCACCAUGGCUGGUCAGGCUGUGAGUGAUGAUAUUCAAAAGAUAAGUUUUCAUAAUCUAAGACCCCUAUACUUACAUGGAACGAUUGGACCAUUCUGUAUACUCUACUUUAUCUGGUUCUACUGCUGGACAGUUGUUUAUGGCACGGAAAACUAUUUCGAAGCCGGUCUUAUUGUGCUGGUUGGUAUAGCUCUUCUGCAGAUUUUGGCGAUGCUAUUUUGUGUAUGGUCAGUGGAUUUGCGGUGUUUGAUGACAUGUUCUAAGGUAAAACAUCCCGAGGAUGCUGAAUGGUUGAAAGUUAAACCAACCCCAAAUAAUGGAUCAACAGAAUUUAUCAAGUUGCACAGAGAAAAGGUAGAUGGAAAAGCUCCUGAUAUUUGGUUUGUCUUCCAAAAGACUCGUUACAUGUAUGACAGAGAGGAGAAGAAACAGUUUGUGUCUGCCCAGUUUCCAGUGGACUUCCCAGUCAGCCAUUACAUGGACUGGAAAGGUUACCAAGACGAGGGGGACUUCAAACAGGCUGAGAAGAAAUUUGGAAAAAAUAUUAUGGAGAUGGACAUUCCACAAUUCAUGGAACUGUUUAAGGAGAGGGCUACAGCACCAUUCUUUGUGUUCCAAGUCUUCUGUGUUGGACUGUGGUGUCUAGAUGAAUACUGGUAUUACAGUAUCUUCACAUUAUUCAUGCUGGUUGCAUUUGAAGCCACACUUGUGCAGCAACAGUUAAGAAAUAUGGCAGAAAUUAGGAAAAUGGGAAACAAACCAUAUUUAAUUCAGGUAUACAGGAACAGAAAGUGGAGACCCGUGUUAAGUAACGAACUUAUCCCUGGUGACUUAGUGUCCAUUGGAAGAUCGCAGGAUGAUCGUCUCGUGCCGUGUGACCUGUUGCUGUUGCGGGGACCAUGUAUUGUAGACGAAUCGAUGCUGACAGGCGAGUCUGUUCCAGUCAUGAAGGAACCUAUGGAAAAUUUAGAAAGUCAUCAUGUCCUUGACAUGGAUUCAGAUGGGAAACUACAUGUGUUGUUUGGAGGAACCAAGGUGGUGCAACACACACCACCCAGUAAAACAGGACCAGGACUGAAAGCUACAGACAAUGGAUGUGUGGCAUAUGUCCUUAGACACAGCUUUGGUACGUCACAAGGCAAACUAUUAAAAACCAUUCUGUUUGGAGUGAAGAGAGUGACAGCCAACAAUCUGGAGACUUUCUGCUUUAUUCUGUUCCUCUUAAUAUUCGCUGUCAGUGCGGCCUCCUAUGUGUGGAUUGAAGGAACAAAAGAUCCCAAGAGGAACCGCUACAAGUUGUUUUUGGAAUGUACACUGAUCCUAACGUCUGUUGUGCCACCAGAGCUGCCAAUAGAGUUGUCGCUGGCUGUUAAUACCAGUCUCCUGGCUUUAACCAAACUUUAUGUGUACUGUACAGAGCCCUUCAGAAUACCUUUUGCUGGUAAAGUGGACAUCUGCUGCUUCGACAAAACUGGGACACUGACUGCAGAUGACUUAGUAGUGGAGGGAAUCACUGGUCUCAAUGGAAAAGAGAUGAUAUCAGCAACUGAAGCCCCCAUUGAGACAGCCCAUGUCUUGGCUACUUGUCAUGCUCUGGUGCACUUGGAUGAUGAAUUGGUUGGGGAUCCUCUGGAGAAGGCAACACUUAAAGCGGUGGAAUGGAACCUUACUAAAGGAGAGUCAGUUGUACCACAGAAAAGGAAGACCCAUGGCUUAAAGAUUUAUCAUCGCUUUCAUUUUGCCAGUGCCCUGAAGAGAAUGUCAGUUAUUGCAGGGCACACAGCCCCAGGCUCUGUAGAAACCGAGUACAUAGCUACUGUUAAAGGAGCACCAGAGACUCUCAAACCUAUGUUUAAAGAGAUGCCAGCUGACUAUGAUGAUGUGUACAUGGAGAUGUCAAGGAGAGGGGCUAGAGUUCUGGCCCUUGGCUGUAGGAAGCUAGGAAACCUAUCCCAUCAACAGGUGAGAGAAAUGUCCCGUGAAGAGGUGGAGAAGGACCUUCACUUUUGUGGCUUUGUCAUUAUCUCCUGCCCCCUGAAAUCGGACUCCAAAGCCGUCGUCAAGGAAAUCAUUCAGGCCUCUCAUCAUAUUGUCAUGAUAACAGGAGACAAUCCACUGACAGCCUGCCAUGUUGCCAAAGAACUCCGAAUGACCAGAAAAGAAAUGCUGAUUCUAGAGAAGCCUAAUCAUUUAGAUGAUUCAUGGCACUGGCAGUCUAUAAAUGACAAAAUCCUCCUACCCCUCAAACAGAAGAACCUGCGGUCGGAGGUCCUCUCCAAAUACGACCUCUGUAUCACUGGAGAUGGCAUAUCUUAUUUACAAUCUGAAGAUAAAAAAUUGCUGAGAACUGUGCUCCCCUCGGCUCGAGUUUUUGCUCGUGUAUCACCCAAACAAAAGGAAUUUGUUAUAAUCACCCUGAAGGAGCUUGGCUUUACCACUCUAAUGUGUGGAGAUGGAACCAAUGAUGUAGGAGCUCUCAAACAUGCCCACGUCGGUGUCGCUUUGCUUGCUAAUGCCCCAGAGAGACCAAUGGAGAGAAGGAAAAAGAAGGAAAAGGCUGAUGAGGGAAGUUCUGCAGAUGGCGAAACUACUUCUUCCAAUGACAGAGUAAUGCCCCCUGGUAUGAAAAGUUCGGGUAAAUUUGCUGGCCGUGCUGCUAAGGCCAGGGCUGUGGCAAGAGGAGAUAAUUUAGCUCCAUCUCAGAAAAAGUUGGCCAAUAUGCUGAAGGAGAUAGAGGAAGAAGAGAAAGCCCAGAUAGUGAAGUUGGGAGAUGCUAGUAUAGCCUCUCCAUUCACCUCAAAGCUGUCCACCACCAUUUGUGUAUGCCAUAUCAUUAAGCAGGGCAGGUGUACCCUUGUGACCACCCUGCAGAUGUUCAAGAUCCUUGCCUUAAAUGCUUUGAUCCUAGCCUACAGCCAGAGUGUCCUAUAUUUAGAUGGAAUCAAGUUCAGCGACAGUCAGGCCACUAUGCAGGGCCUGCUGUUGGCUGGAUGUUUCUUGUUUAUUUCUAGAUCAAAGCCUUUGAAGACUUUAUCCAAAGCAAGGCCACUACCCAAUAUCUUCAAUUUGUACACCCUGCUGACGGUGACGCUGCAGUUUGCUGUACAUUUUUGUUGUCUAGUCUACUUAGUACAAGGUGCUAAGGCAUUAUCACCUCCAAGGGAGGAAUUUUUAGAUUUAGAAGCAAAAUUUGCUCCAAACAUUUUAAAUUCAACUGUAUACAUUAUAUCAAUGGCUCUACAAGUCUCGACAUUUGCUGUUAAUUACAAGGGGGAGCCAUUCAUGGAGAGUUUAUUUAACAACAAACCAUUGCUGUACAGCUUGGCUUUCUCUGGCACCGCAAUUACAGGGUUAGCUAGUGGUGUAAUACCCGAUAUAGCAGAUCAGUUUGAAAUAGUUCCAUUACCAACAGAGUUUCGUAACACAGUACUACAGAUAUUAGCUGCUGAUAUUUGUGGAUCAUUCAUCAUUGACCGAGUCUGUUCCUUUCUGUUAGGACGCGGGAGUUUACGACGUGUAUGAGGAUAUUUAUUGACUUCUGUGUAUGAGGCGUUUCUAUGUGAAUAUGGGUAACAGACGUCAUGCAUGACUAAUUCCAGCUAAACAGAGUACAUACAAGUAGGAUCAUCUAAUUCAUCUUCCAGGCACUCGUCAGGUCUGGUACUGUUUUAUAUUCAGAUAAUUUUAUUUGUGUUGUUGGACGUCAUGAAUGAAUGUUGGUAAUUGUUGUAGACAAUAAAUAGAGAAAGGGAGAAAUCCUUACAAAAAGGUGAAA